GUCUCUGUAUGAUGCGAUUGGGACAAUCCCUUCUGAGCUGGGGAACUUGACAGCGCUGCUAUCCCUAACUGCCAACGGAAACAUUCCCAGCCUCCCAGCCUCCACAACGCAGCUCACCACGCUAACACUCCUGUCGUUCAGCAAGGCCGGUCUCACAGGAAACUUUCCCUCCGUAAUCUCGGCACUUAAGAAGCUUAAAGACCUGAAACUUCCUAGCAACUCCUUGUCGGGCCCCAUUCCUCCCUUCCUCUCCACGCUCACAUUCCUCACCACCCUGCGUCUGGACUCCAACCAAUUCACAGGCUCCAUCCCGUCCGGCCUUUCAAAGCUAACAGCGCUAACCAUCCUAUCCGUCCCCAACAACCUUCUUACAGGGUCACUACCAGCUACUCUCUCUGACCUCCGACAACUCGUUUCCAUAGACCUUCGUCAAAAUAAACUCUCAGGCUCCAUCCCAUCUCAGUACAGCACCCUCACUGCGUUGGAGGCCAUUCAGCUCAGCAACAACUCUCUCUCCGGCACGCUGCCUUCUUCCCUCAGCACUCUCACCAAUCUGCGCAACCUACUCGUUGACAACAACACCAUCUCUGGUUCGAUACCAGCGUCGUUUUCAGCUCUCGCUUCCCUCGUCUAUGUUCGUGCCAACAACAACAAGCUAUCCGGAGCUCUCCCUGCUGGUCUUAGCACCCUCACCACUCUCGAUUCACUGAUUCUCUCCCGCAACACGAUAUCCGGCUCCAUUCCCUCUGAUUACUCCGCCCUUGAGUCCCUUGCCGUGCUUCUACUGGACAACAACUUCAUUAUUGGCACCAUCCCUUCCUCCCUCUCCACACUCUCCUACCUUUAUCAAGUAGAUGUGUCUGAGAACCUGUUAUCGGGCACACUCCCUUCAAUGUUCACCACAAACAUGACCGACCUUAGAUUCUUCAACGUGGCCUUCAACUCUUUCUCUGGUUCCCUGCCCAAGUCCCUCUCCAAUCUGCAGUCCCUCUACUCUCUUGACCUCAGCAGCAACUACUUCAGUGGCCAAGUGCGCACUAUUUUCAGCGCUCUCACUUCACUGCAAUCCAUCAACAUCUCCUACAACUAUUUCACGGGGUAUUUACCCAAGAUCGGGUUUCUAGGCGAGCUAAAAUCCACCGACCUCUCCAACAACUUUUUUUUCGGGUCAGCCAACGACGGCACCGACAGCAUCGGCCUCCCCCUCUGCCCGGACCCCCCCACCUCCUCUUACACCGCCGCCCAAAACUGCCUCUUAAACCUCGCAAACACCUGCACAGCUAUAUCAGGGCUGACAGUGAAUAUAGUGGAGCCGCAAAAGACUGAGGACGAGUGCUUUGUGUUUUGUGGGACGAGCCUUGCGAUGCCGAUUUUUCCGAACCGGCAGUGUGGAGAUGAGAAGGGGAUGUGUGUGGCGAAUCUGAGCGGCAACGGGGUGUUGUUCUACCAGUGCCAGUGCACGGCGCCGUUUGUCCGUUCUGCAGAUGCCAAGUCGUGCGACCUUCCACCCAGCCCACCACCGCCACCACCAUUCCCUCCAGGUCCCCUCCCACCCUCUCCUCCCCCCCACCCACCUCCAAAAUCUCCCCCUCCUUCCCCCCCGUCACCUCCUAGCCCUCCUCCUAGGCCUCCACCGUCUCCCCCUAAACCGCCCCCAAGCCCCCCACCACCCCCUUCUCCUCCCCCUCCCUCGCCCCCAUCGCCUCCCCCUUCCCCUCCUCCCGCUCCUUCCCCCCCUCCUCCGCCGACUGUGCUUCCGCUAAUCGAUUGUUACAUGUCCAGCCUUACAGACAGUUGCGAGUGUUUUUGCCCAUUCUUUAACCAAUGUUAUUGCCAGUAA